AUGCAGAUUUCCAUCUUUCACCUGAUACUGACAUCUCAUGACGCAGACAGUAGUGUCUCUGGCGCCAGUGGGAGACGGAGCUGUGUGGUGCAGGAAUGUCACUCACCCUUUAAAAAACUGAGAUGUGGAGAGGAUCCCAGCCUGCAGCAGCUGAUGGAACAGAUGACCCACAUGGUCACGUGUGAUCUGGUUUCACUCCAGCGUGGUCUCCACACCCACCCGAACAAAACGUACUGCAUCCCGCCCUGGUCCAGUUCCUCCACGCAAUUGACUCGAAGCUGUGAGGUUACAGACUCCUCUACACACUGGACAUUCAGCUGGUACACAGUUGUUCCCUACAGAGACGGUGUAACUGCAAUACAAAAUACUCAAGGCUUUAUCGUGUAUGUGGAGCUUCUUUUAGACAGCAGCAGAGGAUGUGGAGGCUCCUACACUCUCAGUCCUUCUGCUCUUCAUCACACAGGAGUUUAGUGUAGAGGAAAGAGAGGAGAACCAGCCUUUUACACACUGUACAGCAAUCCACAGCCUCUAUGGAUCUCUGGUGAAUCUCCUCCAGCGUCUCUGAUCAUCAGUCCCAGCAGAACUCAACACUUUACUCGUGACUCUCUCUCACUGAGCUGUGAGGACCAGAGUAACUCUACUGGAUGGACAGUGAGACGAUACACAGACAGUGAAGAAGUGUUAGAUUGUUCACGGUGGAGAUUAGUUACAGGAUCUACAUGUUACAUCAGAUUCCUCUCCACAUCCUACACUGGAGUUUACUGGUGUGAGUCUGAAUCUGGAGAAAACAGUAAUCCUGUCAACAUCACAGUUCAUGGUGAGUCUUCAUGUAGUGGUGAUGUGAUUCUGGAGAGUCCUGUCCAUCCUGUGACUGAGGGACAUCCUCUGACUCUACACUGUUUAUAUCGUAACGCAAAUCCCUCGAACCUACGAGCUGAUUUCUAUAAAGAUGGAUCAGUCAUCCAGAACCAGACUACAGGAGAGAUGAUCAUCUAUAAUGUCUCAAAGUCAGAUGAAGGUUUCUACCACUGUAAACACCCAGAGAGAGGAGAGUCACUGAGAAGCUGGAUCUCAGUCAGACGCUCUGUCUCAAUCUCAGGUUCUAGACCCAGUGGUGAAACAGUGGGAGUGGCUGUGGGACUGAGUUUGUCCUUUUUGUUCAUCAUUUUGAUGAUAUUAAUGAUCCUGCUGUGGUUCUACAAAUUGAAGAAAGAAAAGCAGCAGAAAUCCAGUCAGAUAUCAGAGCAGAAUCAGAGGCGAUCAGGAGCUGAAGACUCUCAGUCAGGACACAAACCACUUCAGACUGGUGAAGCUGCAGCUCAGAGCAGUGAAGUUACUUACACACAGGUCAUGAAGAAGAAGAAGACAAGCAGGAAGAAUGGUGUUGAUGCUCAACUCGGCAUGAAUGAUGUGACUUACGCUGAGGUUCAACUAAAACCUAUGAAAAAAGUGAAGAGAGCACAAGAAAAGACCAGAGUGGGUGAUGAUACUGUUUACUCAGAGCUGGAUCAUAACAUGAAGUGAGCUGUGUGUCUCUCUACACUGAUGAAGCUACAGACAUCAGCGUGAGAGCUGGAAAACUCUGAGUUGUGUUUGUCUUCUGUUUUUCAUAAAAUUUUCAGAUGCUAAAUGUUUCAAAUUCUUUAAUCUAAACUUGGAUGAUGCCUAAACCUGGAAGCUGUUCUGUGAACUUGCUCACAUCAACCAUUCCCACAAUAUCAGAAUGUUCCUGGAGAUUUGUGUAAACCACAGAGGUUUAAAAGAAGGUUUAAGUCAUUCUAAAGAGUUUAAUGAUCUACCAAACCACCAGCUGGAUUUUAUGCACUGAUUAGGAUGAGUUUUGAGGAGAAUUAGACCUGCUGAAAAGUCACAUGAAACCAGACACUGUGACUAAAAUAAUAUUGCUGCAGUGAUUUAUUACAAAUGUUUAUCUUACGUUUGCAUUUGAAUGGUUGAUCUACAGUAUCUGUGCUUCCAGUUCAUCCAGAAUGGUGGAAUGGAACAACAGUAAAGAUCAGUUCAGAUCUGAACAGUUCAGUACACAGGCAAAAAAUCCACAUGUGUCUAAUUCAAUUUUACAGCUUUGCAGAAUAAAAUACGAAUUAAAUUUAUAUGAACAGAAUCUUCUCUUGGAUUAGUAACUUCAGCUUGUAUUAUGAAGACUCUAGUAAAUGCAUUAAGAAAUUUGAGAAAGUC